GUUUAUUCUAGGUAUUCCUUCUCUUAUACAAGAGCAAAUAAGCAGAAGAUUAAGUGAUACAAGAAUGGCACCAUCGGCAAUCCAAGAAACCUUAAAAAUCGUUCCAGAAGAUUUGGAUCCAAGAUUUGCAGCUUUGAAAGCAAAGCUUGUUGAUCCCCAAAAACAAGAAGCAGUUGUUGCAAGCUGGAAGAGACUAUUGAAAGCCCUUGAGAAGGAGAACCAAAAGAUCAUCGAGAAUGGUACUGCGUAUGUACCUACAGUUGAAUGGAAAGAUAUUGUUGCAAAUGAUUAUGAAUUGCCAGCCAGUGCAUCGAGUGAAUUUAAAACCAAAGGUUCGAUGAUGGUGAAGGGUGUUAUCGAGAAAAAUCAAGUAGACCAAUGGUUUGAUGAACUUGUUACUUUUUGUAAAGAACACCCUGAAACAGCAGGGUAUACUUUCCCAAAUCCAACUUCUUGGUAUAAUCUAUUUUGGUGUAAACCCCAGUCUGAAGCCAGAUCUCAUCCAAAUAUCCAGAGGCUAUUUAAAGCCUUUGCUCACCAAUUUCAUGUUUCAGAUAAAGAGAAGCUAAUCGACCUUGAUACUCAGAUCAUUUAUGGAGACAGGAUUAGAAUCCGUAAGCCGGGUGCUGCAGCUUCUUUAAGCUUACAUUUGGACUCUUCGAGUAUCGAAAGAUGGGAAGACGAUAAUUACAGGGCAACUUACAAGGAAAUCUUCGACGGCCACUGGGAAGAUUGGGAUCCUUUCAGAUUAGAUGAAAGAGCUUACGCAAAGGAGGAUCUAUAUGAAGAUGCAGGGACUGCCAGACCAACUAUAUGCUCAUCAUUUCGGACUUUACAAGGCUGGUUGGCCCUCAGCGAUAACAAAACCGGAGAAGGGACUUUGAAAGUGAUUCCAAAUUUAAAGUUGGUUAUGGCCUACAUCAUUUUAAGGCCUUUAUUCUGGGACGAUCCCAAAUCUGGGGACAUUGACGAUUACCACAUUGACGUUACCACUCCAAAAUUCCCUGGUGCUGAACCUUCCUAUGGCCAGUUAUACUUGAACGAUGACCUCUACCCUCAUAUAAAACAAGCUAAAACGUGUGUCGGGAUACCUGAUGUUAAUCGAGGUGAUUUUGUCUUUUGGCAUUGUGAUGUUUGUCAUGAAGUCGAUAAAGAAUAUCCUAUUACGGAUGAAAAUGCCCAUUCCAGUGUAUUUUAUUAUGGUCAAACACCAUUAUCAAUUGCGAAUAUUUGUACUCUCCUAGAAACAAGAAGAAGCUUUUUGAAUAAUAAGUCUCCUCUUGAUUAUGCUUCCCAACAAUCAGCAGAGGAAAAAGAACGUGAUUUUCAAGGUGCAAAUAUCCAUGAUUUGAAAAAUGAGAGUGCCUUAAAAUCAAUGGGGUUGUUAGAGUUUGACGAGAACGAGCCAGGUAUUACGAACGGUCAGCGUAAAAUUCGAGAAAUCGCCAAUAAAGCUUUGAAAGAGGGUAAAUUUGACCCUGAACCUUAUUUAAAUGGUAAAAAAUAAAAGAUUUUUCAUAGUUUUAAUCUACAUGAACUUCAUUAACAAGAAAAAGUUCGUAAGUAUUAGUUUAAGUCUAAUUAGUUUUUAAUAUACAAAAGAAUGAAAU